CAAAUUCAAAGUUUCUUUCGUCUUCAAGCAUCACUGCGAUUACUGGUCAUCGCUAUCAUCAACAACAGUAAAAAUGUCUACUUUUUCUGAUACGGCGGCUCAUGGCCGGAGGGUAGGCAAGCCGGCGGAGAGGUACAGUUUCUCCCAGACUUGCAAUCUCAUAAGCCAGUUCUUGAAGGGCAAGCGUAGUUCUGGUGCUCUGAACCUUGGAAUGUGCGGGAAAAAUGAUCCCAGAGGAACUCCAAGUACUACGAUGGAUUUGUUAACGUCCCUGGAGAAAUCUGAUGAUUCCUCGAGACAAAGUCCUUCAGCUAUGGAUUUUCUUCCUCAGAUUGUAGAAAACCAUUCUGUUAUUAGGUCGCAGGCCAAGGCAGAGUCUAAAACUCCCCAAAUGGCAAUAUUUUACGCCGGGAAGGUGUUAGUGUUUGACGAUUUUCUGCCGGAGAAGGCGACGGAGAUCAUGGAACUAGCCACCAAGUUAAGCUCUGAUAAUUCUGCGGCUCUUGAAAAUAUCAACGAGGUUAAGGUGCCUCAAACAGGCACAUCCCAAGAAGCUUCUCGUCCAGGCUCUCUUGCUUCUGGUUCAGACAUAAGAUACCCGAGGAGGGCCUCGCUUUUAAAAUUUCUGGAGAAAAGAAAAGAAAGGGUCAUUGCAAGAGGACCUUAUCAUAUGAACCCGAAGCAUGAAGGAGGCAGAUCUGGAGGCAACCCUGAAGAUCAACCUUGCAAGCCCUUUGACCUUAACUUAUAGUGAUUCUAGCUCAUCACUUUUCGUUGAUAGCAUAGAAACAAAAAGAAUUAAAUCAUAGUACGACUCUUGGCUUCAAGGAACGGCAACCCGUCGAUGUUGUCUGUGUUUCACUUGUAAUUUUUCCGCGAGCCUUCACACGUAAAUACGAAAUAUUUGCACGUGUUUUACAUCAAUGUGUUAUAUCACUGCAUAGAGACGAUUAUUUUAUUGGACCAAUGCGCCUGUUUGGUGGAGGGGGAAUGAAAUGAGGAGGGAAAGGGAGAGAUACCAAAAUUAGUUACCCCUGAAUCAUUUUUGUUCCUUCCAAUAUUAUGGGCAUUUGUGCCUUUUUGUAUGCAUUAAUCUCUAUUUUUUUUCUUAAUUCUGUCAUGCCAAGCAUCAAUUAACUAUUUUGUUUUCUGCUCAUAUAAACAACAGCUUUCCA